GAAUGUCUUGUGUGUUAAUGGUUAACAUACUCUGGGCUAGAUAAACUUACUCACAGAUGUGUUUUUAAAUUCCCCAUGGCAUAAACUGACAGAAAUCAAAUUAAAACACAGGAGGAAGUGGGUGAGGCUGACAGGUUCAUAGAUUGUAAUCAGAACAAAAAUGCGUUCAGGAACAUUUCCUGAAAAAUAGCAGUAUAAAUAUGACUAAAAAUCAAGAGCUCUUCAGACUUCAACUGAAGACAUUACCUGACGACUUCUUUUCUUAACAUACCCAAGACACGCAUAGAUCCCAUGAGGUAUUUCACAAACACAGUGAGCUGUGUGUAAAGGUUUGAAACACAAAAAGGGACAAAUGUCUUCAGACAGAACUCAUGGGCAGCGUCCAUCGCCUUCUCCCUCAAGUGCAGAAGCCGCCAAAGCAGCAUCUGCAAAUGCAGCAGCAGGAGAAGGCAUGGAAAGUCUACAAUCACAACUGCUAGGAAAAACAUGGAAACAAUCACCAUUAAAAUUAACAGUAAUAAUGGCACUGACAGUUGCAGCAGCUGAAAUAAUAAUAGAUAUGGCAGGACCAGCAGUUUUUAACAGAGUUGUAGGACCAGUAGCAGGGGCAGUAACAGGAGCAGGACUAUGCAUUUUAAGAUCACUAAGGGAAGCAGGGGUGAGAGAAGAAGCAGUAACAGUGGGAGCAGCAGCAGUAGCUGGAGGCAUAGCAGGAACAGUAGCAGCAGAAAUAUUGCAAUUAUUAUCAGGAGCACAAUCACAAAGAGGAUCAGCAGUUAUUGGAACAAUGGCAGGAGCUGCAAUAAUAGCAGUAUCAGGACUACAUAUGCAACUGCUAAUAGAUACAGUAAAGUGGGUACUAGCUCUAGUAGAAAGAGAAAUAUCAGCAAUACAAUGGGGUACAAAAGUAACAAAACUAGCAUCGCUCACAGCAACAGUAAUCGGAGUAUCAAAAUCAGCAAUAGCAGCUGUAUUGAAAAUGUCACAGACAGCAGCGUUGAGUAUAGCAGCCGCAGCAGCAGCAGGAGCAGAAGCAUCAGGUGUAGCAGCAGAAGGAUCAACAGCAUCAGGUGUAGCAGCAACAGUAAUCAGAGUAUCAAAAUCAGCAGUGGCGAUACUAGCUCUUAUAAAAAGAGAAAUAUCAGCAAUACAGUGGUCUACAAAAUUAACACAACUAGCAUUGCUCACAGCAACAGUAAUCAGAGUAUCAAAACUAGCAAUAGCAGCUAUAUUGAAAGGGGCAGGAGCAUCAGGAACAGUGGAAAGACUUGUGGCAGGAUUGGGAAUUAAUGGAGCACCAGUGACGGGUGUUUAA